AUGCUAAUAGCGCGAUGGUUCCAGGCCAGGACGAGCCGUCUCCAGGGAUGCCUUGCCCUCCUGGCUGUGGCCUCAAUGACUUGUUUCUGCACAACCCCUGUCCAGAGCGCUGAGCAUGGGGGUGGCACGAGUGUCACUUCCCAGAGUGGGUUCCCCAGAGACUGCAGCUACAUUUCCAGGGACAGCCCCAGCGGGAUCCAUGUCAUCCAGCCGGCUGGCUCUCCCCCUCGAGUGGUGUGGUGUGACAUGGACACUGAAGGCAAAGGCUGGACCGUUGUCCAGAGAAAUUCUUACAACACAGAGAUCACCUGGAGGGAGUCCUGGAGCACCUACAAGUACGGCUUUGGGAACGUGCAGCAGGAUUACUGGCUGGGCAACGAGUACCUGUCCCUGCUCACGCGGCAGAAUGCCUACAAGGUCCGCUUUGUCGUGGAGGACAAAUCCAACAACACCCGCUAUGCAGAGUACGACAUCUUCAGUGUCGAGGAUGAGUCCAGCGGGUACUCGCUGAGGCUGGGCAGGUACUCUGGGGAUGGCAAUGACUAUUUUACCACCUACCACGCCAGCGUGGGGGGCAUACACGACAACAUGAAGUUCAGCACAACUGACAAGGAUCAGGACCAGGCCAGUGGGAAUUGCGCAAGUAGCUAUGGAGGCUGGUGGUACGAUAAGUGUCAUAAUGUCCUGCUCAAUGGGAAAGGCUACAUCUACUGGGCAGGAUUUUGUAGUUCCGGACAGUGCAAAUCCUCCACCAUUCUGGUUAAACCAGCAGACGUGUGUUGAUCCUGCAGCAGCCCAGCCUUGCCUAGCUUGUCUACACUCGCAAAGUUGGUGCCCAUAUUUCAGCAGCUGCCAGGAGCAAUGCAUCUGUCCUGAUGGCAGGAAUAGUGAAGUCACUAGUGGAUUUUUAAUGCAUUUUUACUGGUGUGACAUUGAAACCUAGAGCUGAACCAGAGUUCCCCCGAGCUGUUUACACCAGCAGCUUAGCACCAGUGCAGCUGUUUUAAUAUGGGUAGUGGCCUUGUGUUCCCUGUAUAAUCAGUGUACUCCCUGCUUUCACACUUGCUCCUGUAACCAUUCUGUCCCUGUAAGUGGUGUAUUCCUGGAGA